GCGAUUUCGGCGCCCUCUACUCCAAGAGUGAAUGCGUUUUUGAAUGGCCGCAAUUUAGUUAGGGCAGCUCUCUCGCGCUCUUCCGUGGACGCAGAGACACUUUCGAAGGCCGUUGGUUAUGCGGUUGCGGAUAAAAGAAAAUCGGUCACUAAUGUGUCUUCCGUUGACCAGUCCCCAGAGCUUGAGUCUAGUCAUAGAAUGAAUGGUCAUUAUGGACGACCUGCUCGAGCUGAAAGCAUGUCAGCCAGCCGUGGCACUUCCGUUAGCAGUCACGACGAGGAGCUUGCUGGUCAUUUGUGA